CGUGCCGGUCGCGUCAGAAACCGAUGUCCAGCCUCCCUCUGCCAUCAGCGAGCACGAUGUCGUACCGUCUCCCGUGGAGGAGACCCUCGACACCCCCGAUGCAGCGCCGCCUCUCACGGAGGCGGCCGUCGACAUCCCCGUCGAAGAAGACAUUGCCGAGAAGUCGCACGACGAGGUCGACGCUCCAUCCUCGGACGGAGCUCCCUUGAAGAUCGACAUCCCGGCAGCCAAGACCCCAGAGAUCGAGGACCCGCCUUCGCCGACCUGCCGCCCGACUCGCAGCUGAAGCAGCGCCGCCGCAUGCCUCCUGCGCCGCUCGAUGCUGCGCUGGCGAUGCAGCUCCGGCCCGGCCUCGGGCUCGGUGCGGAUGGCGCGUGGCUCGUGCGGUUCCUGAUGUCCUUCUUCGGCUGGCUGGCUGUGCUGGUCAGCGCUGGCAGGGCCACCCGUCGGGCCACGCCUGUGGCGGCGGCAGCGGCGGCGGGCGCCAAGAAGCCUGUCGUCGACGAGAAGCCUGCCGGCGAGCGUGAGCAGUCCAGUACCGACGCCUCCCAGGCUCUUGUCGCAGUCAAGUAA